GGCGUAAGCCGAUAGAGCGGGAUCAGGUUGAAUUCGUUUCAAGCAAGUAACAACGUCGCUUGGUUUUCGUUGCCCACACUAUUUGGAAUACCAUCUGUGCAGUGGAUUUAGCCAUAACGGCGUUUGGGUGAUUCAACUGCCCACGAACACUCAUCCAGUUUCAAACCUGGGAUUUCACGAACAAAGCUGUAAUGGGGUGUACGCUUUCCAAGGAGGAGCGUGAAGCACUGGAGCAAAGCAAGAACAUUGACAAGAAACUGAAAGAAGAUGGUAUGCAAGCUGCCAAAGAUGUUAAGCUUUUACUGCUCGGUGCCGGAGAAUCCGGGAAAAGUACCAUCGUCAAGCAAAUGAAGAUCAUUCAUGAAGGUGGAUUCACACAGGAGGACAACAAGCAGUUCAAACCAGUCGUGUACAGUAACACUAUCCAGUCGAUGGUAGCCAUACUGCGGGCAAUGAAUACGUUGGGAAUUCAGUUUGGGGAUGGGGAACAAGGGGCCGAAGACGCUCGAAUCGUUUGUGAUGUGAUUCAGGCGAUGGAAGACACGAAGCCGUUUUCGGAAGAGUUGUUAGAGGCAAUGAAACGUCUGUGGGCUGACUCUGGAGUACAAGAAUGUUUCUCGCGAUCGAAUGAAUAUCAGCUGAAUGACUCUGCCAAAUAUUUCCUGGAUGACUUGGAUCGCUUGGGAGCAAAGGACUACAUGCCGACCGAGCAGGAUAUUCUCCGAACUCGUAUCAAAACAACCGGCAUAGUGGAAGUACAUUUCCAGUUUAAGAAUAUGAACUUCAAGUUGUUUGAUGUGGGCGGUCAGCGGUCAGAACGGAAAAAGUGGAUCCACUGUUUUGAAGAUGUGACAGCCAUCAUAUUUUGUGUUGCUAUGAGCGAGUAUGACCAAGUUCUACAUGAAGAUGAGACCACGAACCGCAUGCAAGAGUCCUUGAAACUGUUCGACUCUAUUUGUAACAACAAGUGGUUCACAGACACCAGCAUCAUUCUUUUCUUGAACAAGAAGGAUCUGUUUGAAGAGAAAAUCAAACGGUCUCCGCUGACCAUAUGCUUCCCGGAAUAUCCAGGCAAACAGACGUACGAAGAGGCAGCAAUAUACAUCCAAGCUUCGUUUGAGGCAAAGAACCGUUCCCCUAACAAGGAGAUCUACUGUCACCAAACAUGUGCAACUGACACAAACAAUAUCCAGUUUGUAUUCGAUGCUGUGACAGAUGUGAUAAUCGCCAAUAACCUGCGAAAUUGUGGACUUUAUUAGUUUACCUUCCGACAAGACCCACAAGUAUCAUGCAACAAAACAAUCACUUUCGUUUUAUGCUUUUUGGCCGAGCGACUUCAGUGUACUGCAAUGGAUUAGUGUUUGUUCAUUAACAACCGCUAUGUCCCUUCUGUUCGAACUUUCGCGGCUAGUUCCGAAAAGAUUGGGAUCCGUUGGAAACGCGAAUGAAUACAGCAUAAUGUGUUUGUUUUGCGUAUCGUUCGUGUUCAUAUCCGAAUGCAGCUUCCCUUUGCCACUCACCAGCGGUUUCGUGAAGUGAAUUUGCUUGAUUCCAAACUUCACCAUACUGUUGGUUUGUAUUUUGUUUCACACUGUCAUUCUUUUUCGGAACAUCAGUCGUUUGUUCCCAGAGUCUGCCGAAAUAUCUACAAGCUUAUGGGUCCUGCACUUCAGGAGUGAGACAGCAGACACGUAUCCCGAUGCCUAAUUUCCGUGUUUGAUAUGCGUUUGUUUAAGGUGAUCAAAAUUUUACCCUACCGUAUCGGCUACUACCAGUAAUGUAAUCGCAAGCUAGUUUUCGCAAAAGUAUCUGUACAACGCGUCUAAUUUGUGUUUUCUCAUGCGAGGACACUUUGAGUAGCACGGUUUCCAAUGUAAAUGGUCUUCUUUUUUGUCGAACUGCAGCAUAUGUGUGCUGUACACAAAAGUGGAUAGUACUGACAACAGAAACCCUAAUCACCAUUUCUCUCCAAUCAAUGAAUCGCUUCCUUGUGCACGUCGAGUUCCUGUCUUCUCUGUACUGACUGCUCUCAACGAGACUGUAAUUUUUUGUGUGUUCCUCUGUUCUUUCGCCAUUUUUCUACCUUUGUUUUGGUCGAACAGUUCAACAGCCGAGCUGCCACUGUCCCUAAUGCCUUCAGUGUUAUGUGAUGCAACAUUCGUUCACUCCGACUACGCAAUGCAUGUGUGCAAACAGCGGCAGUCAGUCCGCCGUUCGUCUCAUUCAGCCUUUUGUGAUACAGAGUGAUCGGAUGUUUUGUGGCGUAUAAAAUGCAUAUUUCGGCUUUUUCUCGAACACCAGUUUGACCCACAAUGGAUUGGUUUUUUCCUCUCCAUGUGAAUUCUUCUAGGACGUGAAGCUCUUUUUCUUUUUACUUUAAAUUGGUUCUUUUAGCGUUAUUCUACACAGCAUCUUCCAGCAUACAUGUGACUCAUUCCGACAAAAUC